CUCUGCUUAGUUCCGGCGCGGCGGCCCCUCUCACCAGCGGCGCUAAAAUUUCUCUCCCUUUCUCUCCCUUCCAUUUUCCGUCUAAAAUGGAGUUUCAUAUGCUCUUUCCGGUGGUCUUUUUCUCACUCCUUGCGUCCACCGCGGCAGUCGGCGAAUGGACCAACGCCCACGCCACCUUCUACGGCGGCAGCGAUGCUUCUGGGACAAUGGGCGGAGCUUGUGGGUAUGGGAAUCUGUACAGUCAAGGGUUCGGUGGGAACACCGCCGCUGUUAGCACUGCCCUGUUCAACAAUGGGCUGAGCUGCGGGUCUUGCUAUGAGAUCAAGUGCGUGGACGACCCUCAAUGGUGUCUUCCAGGCUCUGUUUUGGUCACCGCCACCAAUUUCUGUCCGCCCAAUAACGCCCUUCCCAACACCGCCGGCGGCUGGUGCAACCCUCCUCUGCACCAUUUUGACCUCGCCCAACCUGUGUUCCUCCACAUUGCCCAAUACCAUGCCGGAAUCAUCCCCGUCGCUUAUCGGAGGGCUCCGUGCAAAAGAAGGGGAGGAAUAAGGUUCACAAUCAACGGCCAUUCCUACUUCAAUUUGGUGCUAAUAACCAAUGUGGGCGGCGCCGGAGAUGUCCGGGCAGUGUCGAUUAAAGGGGCGAGAAGUGGGUGGCAGUCAAUGUCGAGAAAUUGGGGGCAGAAUUGGCAGAGCAACAACUUUUUGGAUGGUCAACCCCUCUCUUUUAGGGUCACCACUAGCGACGGCCGAACACUUGUUUCGAGAAACGUGGCUCCGGCCGGUUGGUCCUUUGGCCAGACCUUCACCGGCCGUCAAUUCCGGUGAAGAGCUCAGCCACCGUGAAAGGGUUGUUUCGUCAUUUCGGUUUUUGGGUUUUUAUUUUUACUCUGUUUUUUUGUUUGUCGGACUAGUGGGCCGAGGUGGAGUCUUCUUAAUCUUACCACCCGCCCUUCUGUGUUUGAACGUGUAUUUUUAUUGGAUCUUGAUGGGAAAAGUCUUUUUUGUC